UUACAGAUAUUGGCAAUACAUUCGUUAAAACCGAUCAAUACAGUGGCUAUAUAGAUCACGAGGCUGAAAACAGUGAGAAAAUAAAAAUGGCUGAGGAUACUGUACAAGAACCGAUGAGAAAUCAGCUAUUUAAUCUAUUGAAAUCAUUACCAACGAUGGAAAGUGUGGCUUCGGAAGCUAGUGAUCUUCACAAAGCUGCUGUUACAGGUGACAUGGAAUUAUUAAAAUUAAGUCUCUCUUCCAAACAAUGCGAUAUUAACUUACAGGAUGAAUGGGAUCACACAGCCAUAUAUAUGGCGGCGCAGAAGAGCCAUAGUGAAAUAGUUUCUAUCCUUAUUUCACAUGGAGCUAAGAUAAACGCAGACGGUGAUGAUUCGUUCAAAGAUACCAAUCCAAUGCAUCACGUUCGUGAUGUGCCUACUGCAAAAAUUCUACUUAAAGCAGGCGGAGAUGUAAAUGCAAGAGACUCCAAAGGUAAUUCACCAUUACACAGAGCAGUUAUGAGAGAAGACAUAUCGAUCAUAUCGCUGUUAUUAGAACAUGGUGCAGAUGUUACUAUAAAGAAUAAUGAAGGUUUGUUAGCUUUGCAUACCUGCUGCAACUCAUCGGGCAGCGAUACCAUGGUAACAGCCAUGAAAACUUUAAUUUCGCACGGAAGUGAUGUAAAUUCAACAGAUCAUUUUAGAAUGACACCGCUACACCACCUAGCUAAAUGGUCAACGGCAUCAAAAUUAACAGUUCAAACUCUUGUAUCAGAAGGGGCGGAUUUAUAUUGUCGGGACUAUCGCGGAAACUGCCCAGUUCAUUACUUUCGUUUAUAUUUUAAAGAUGAAGAAGACAGUUUCAUAGAGACGUUGAAAGAGUUUUUUCCGUCACCUAACACCGCAAAUGUGACUGACAUGAAAGGACAGACUCCACUUCACUUAAAUACAGACACAUCUGCUAAUGUUGUGGCAAACUUAAUAAAGUGGGGUUGUAUGAUAACGGCACGAGAUAAUCAGGGGAAAACUGCUCUUCAUGUUGCAUCAGGACUGAAGAACAAGAUAGGAAUUGUAGAGGAGCUGUUAAAAAAUGGCGGAAACGCAAAUGCGCACGACGACUGGGGGAGAACGCCAUUACACGAGGCAGCGAAAGCAGGUAACGGCGGGGUAGUCGGGUUAUUAAUCAAAUAUAAAGCUGAUGUGAAUUCACGAGAUAUACGUGGUUGUUGUCCUCUUCACGAGGCUGCUCUAAAAGAUGAUGUUCAAGUUGUAGAGAUGCUUACACAGAGUGGCGCCAGUGUAAAUAAUGUGGAUGAAAACAUUUCUUCUCCUCUUCACUUUGCCGCAUGGGGGAAUUGUGAAAAUUCGGCGAAACUUUUGCUAAAGCACGACGCCAAUGCCGAGUUGAAAGACAAGCUCGAUGAGACACCUUUGGAAGUUGCAAAAUUUAGGAGAGCUGAGAACGUUGUCUGCGUCCUUUCUGAUCUCACAGGGAAAAGCAAUACACACGCAGUAGAUGAACAUACUGAAAACAUUUAUGCAUUGUCUAAUUGUGGAGACAAUUUCCUUACCUCGGACACCGUUUUACGAAUGAUUGAAAAUAAAGAGAUAAAGAGAAAAGGACAGCUUGAUCUCCAGUCUUACCUUAAACAUAUCCUAAAAUCGCCUGAAAUAGGUCGAGGGUUUGAUGAAGACGAAGCGAAAGAAAUUCAACUGGCAAUGGAAGAGUUAAUGCAAACUUUGGCAGAAAAGAUUGGAAGAGAAGACAGGAGAUUUAUUUGUAAACUGCUGCAUGCUGGAAGCACAUCGGAAGGCGCCAAAACACGAUGUCCAGAUGAGUUUGAUUACAUAUUUGCUCUGGAGGAGUUUACUAAACAUUGUUGGCCUGUCUUUUCCGAACUGGACAGUAAAACCCAGGCUGGAGUUUAUGUACCAGCGUAUUACCCCAGUAGAACUGGCGGAGCAGAUGUAAGACCUGAUUGCGUAGAAAGAGAAAUGUCUGUGUCCGUAUCCGAUUAUGCGAACAUGACAAUAAACAGUGCACCAGAAGCAGAAGACUUUGUCAGGUUUGCUGGAUCGACAACAAUGCCAGUUCACAAAAUGUAUGAUGGAUUUUCGCAACUUCUCACAAAAAUCGUCUUUAGCAAAGAUUUUCCAAAACAUCCGAAGCUGAGGAUCAUGGAGACGACCAUUGAUCCAGCAAUGACGCUCUGCUGGAGAGGAUGUAGGUACAAGGAUUUGGAAAUAAGUGUUGAUGUAGUACCAGCUAUAAUUCUACCAAAGUGGCCGGAACAGUUUAAUAAAGAAAACAUUAUUUUAACACCGGAUAUUCUUCGGAUACCUAGCCUUGUCGUACCGAAAAUGACUGCAGGAACAGAUGAAGAUCUGUGGAGAUGCUCCCUCGCUCCUGAGGAAACGGCUAUAUUCAGAAAACUAAAACCGACUGUAAGAAACAGUUACAUUACUUGCAAAGCGCUGAUUAAUUCAUGUAUUUGCCCUCACGUAAAUUUUGGAGGUUACAAUGAAGCUACGGUUGUAUACAGAAUGGAACACGAUAGUCUAUCUUCAGAAGAAGACAUUGACAUUUACGAGUAUCCAGAGUCCGUAGUGCCAUCUUACAUGCUGAAAAUGAUGUUCUUUGCUGCCAUUGAAUCAAAAGCUAGAACGUCAGGGUUAGAUAGUGUGUAUAUUGACCUUACUAAAACGCCAAGCGUACCCGACAUUGAAAAGGGAGAAGACAGCAAAGAAACUGUUUAUGGACCAGCUGAAAAUAUGUAUGUAGCAGAAAAAUGCUAUGACUUGGACGUACCCCUUGUACUUGAUGUUUUUAGGCGAUGCGAGGAAUGCAUUGAGAAUGAAUUUAUACCGUCAUUUUUCAAUCCUAAGCAUAAUGUUUUAGGUGCAGGUGUAAUGGAGCGCGGUUUAGAAAAAGUUGCAUUAUUUGUUAAAUUCAUUCGAGCGUUGUUAGAAGAACAAUCCUGAAGAAAUUGUAAACUGUUCCUGUAGUUGUAAAGGACACAAAUUACUUUAAGAUCUAUGAAAAAUAAGCUUAGAUUCUGUAUAAAGUUAACAGUGGAGUGAAUCUUUUACUGCUAGUAAGCAACAGAUACUGCUAUGGAAAUGUAGUUUCUAAAGGUUUAUCUCUGUAAAAUUCUGUUUACUAGUCUUCCUCACCAUUCCAGUUUCCAGAUCCAUAUAUUUUUAAGUACGUAUCUUUCAAAUACCAAAUACUUACAUAUUUGUUUGCAAAAAUAAUGCAUAAACUGUGCAGCGGAAUUAUUGCACAACUGUAGGAGCCUAAUAUCUUUUUUGCGUAUUUCUCAAUUCAAAUCUAAUAAUAUUUUUACCAGAUGCUUAUCUUGUAUUCUGAUACUUUUUUUGAAAGAGAUUAUUAUUUUGUUCAAAACAUUUUUCUCAUUACUGCUAAAAUCACAGAAAAAGUAGGUAUUUUUGCAAUAUUAAAUGGGUUACUUUUUAGUAGGAAGUACAGUAAAGAAUUGAUCGUUGGUGAAACUGUUUUUACAGAAUUUAUGGUCAUCAUUUGGUUGUGGUCGACAGGUGUGUCCAGUGUUUUGUAAUCGUCAGAUUUGUUUCUUCUCUGUCUUAAAAAAUGCAGCAAAAUAUUGCAUGCAGUUACAAUGAAAAUAAACCUAAUCUACUAUAUUUAGAGGCUUUUAGUGUUUAGGCUAUUAAUGUAUUACAAAAUCACGUGUUCCUUGGUAAAAGAAAGAUGUAAUUAUCCCCCUUUGAAAAAAAAUCGAACAGAACAGAAACUUUAUGUUGAUAUUACAUUAUAUAACGAUAGUUUUUGGCUUUCGAGAUAUUCCUUUAAAUCUACAGUCAAACCUCUCUGAACGGAGAACACCUGGCCUAAACGACCAGUGGUUUGGUUUCUGUUCUAACAUAUACACUGUAUUUCAACCUGUGAAUAAAAACCUCCUGUCAAUAAAGAACUUGUCACUCUCGAGGGUGGUCUUUUUGAAAAGGUCUGAAUGUGUUCACUGCAACAGAGACCCAUAUUUUGAAAAGCUUGCAAAGCCAAUUUAAAACAUUAACAGAGAUGAACAUUUGCAAGAACCCAAACAUAAUUGUUUUUUUUAACCAUUACCCGCUAAAUUUCUAAAUGGAGUAAUCCAUCAUACAGUUUGGGCAGUACCACUUAUGAUUCAAAGUGUUCACUGAAAUUUUAUUGACUGAAUAGCAACCAGUGAAUGCAUGGAGGUGCAGGCUGAUCUUGGUCUGCACUGGUCAUAAAGGCAAAAUCACUUGUCGCCAGCAGGCUAAAGCAUCAUAGACAUUUUCCUCCCUUAGAAUCACUAUUAUUGUUCCAUAAAUAAAUAAACACAAUUUACACAAAUCCCUAUGUACAGGAUUAUGACAAAUGAUAACUCUUACUUUGUAAUAACUGGAUUUCUGCUUAAGUAUUAUGUAAAAGAAUAAACAUUUUAUAACA